AUGGCUAGAAACGACCGCCUUAUUGGACCUUUCAGGAAAAGUGUUCAUCCGCAGGAGGUCCUGCCCCCGAUGAACGCUGCUCCUGACCUCAAACAUGAAACGUUUGAGCUAGAUGGAGGCAGAGUGAUCUUUGAGAAAGACGUCGCCAUCACGAUGAGGGAUGGCGUGAAGCUCUACGCCGAUAUUUACCGUCCUGCGGCCAGCCUAGCAGAGCGGACUCCGUCGUUGGUGUUCUGGUCGCCCUUUGGGAAACACGGAGCCGUCCCUAGAGCAUUAUUUAAAAACAUGGGCGUCGACUUCGACAAGUUGAGUCCAUAUACCUUCUUCGAAUUGCCUGACCCGUUUCUCUGGUGCAGCCAGUACCACUACUCAUUUGUUCGUGUGGAUCCUCGCGGGACGUGGUGGUCGGAAGGUACGAAAGCGACCUUUUUCUCGCCUCAAGAAGGACGAGACGGGUAUGAUGUUGUCGAGUGGGCAGCUCAGCAGUCAUGGUCCACUGGUAACAUUGGCUGGGGCGCAGUUUCCUACUAUGCGAUGUCAAUAUAUCAGACGGCUGUCUUGAAGCCUCCACACCUCAAAGCGCUGCUGUUGUGGGAAGCCAUGUCGGACAUUUACCGCGAGGUCAAUUGUGUGGGUGGGAUACCUUCUGUGCCUUUUCAACAUUUAUGGAUGAACUUGACCGGACAAGGUCUUGGGAUGAGCGAGGACCACGCCGCUGUGUCAAUCGAUCAUCCCCUUUUCGAUGAGUUCUGGCAAUCCAAAGUGGUGGACUGGACGAAAAUCGACAUUCCCGCACUGUCAAUCACUGGUUGGUCAUCUCUGGCGGUCCAUUUACGUGGCACCAUCGAGGCGUGGAAGGCCCUCUCGUCGAAGAAUAAGUGGUUGUUGGUUCACGCUGGCCGGGAAUGGAGUGAGUACUAUAAGCCUACCGGCAUCGAGAAGCAGAAAGAGUUCUGGGACCACUUUUUGAAAGGGAAGGAGAACUCCGUGGGCGGGUGGCCGACAGUGCAGCUUGAUGUACGUACUUCAGCGGAUGUGUCAAUCCGGAAAGACUGGAGCAACUUCCCUCCGCCCUCGAAAUUGACCAGAUUCUACGUGGCAAGUGACCGAAAGCUUGCGACGGAGCUACAUGGAGGUGAGGCGACCUAUGCGGCCUUUCGAGCUCACCAGCCAGACUCACUGCUCACGUUCGAUUAUACCUUUGACAAGGAGACCGAAAUUACUGGUCACAGUGCCUUGACCCUCCAUGUGCAGUGUAUGGAGUUCCCGGACACCGACCUUUUCGUGGCACUUCAGAAGCUGGAUAGAGAUGGCAAAGAGGUCAAGUUCUGGAACUCCAGCCAGUUCGUCGAAGCGCCAGCGUCGCUGGGCUGGUUACGUCUGUCCCACCGAGAACUGGACCAAGGGCGUAGCACUCCAGACCGGCCUUAUCAUUGCCAUCAGAAGAGACAGUGGGUGCGGCCGUGUGACAUUGUUGAGUCGCAAAUAGAGCUUUGGCCAAGCAGUACCAUAUGGCAGGCUGGGGAGACCCUGCGUGUCGCCAUCAACGGGCGUGGGUUCCUGAACGCGGAGAACAAAACCCAAGUACGAACACCAGUCCAUGGAUGGGGCGAGGUCCGAGUAUGGUUCGGCGGUAAAUAUGCAAGCGGCCUUUUGGCGCCAAUCGUACCAUGA